AUCCAAAUAUGACGUAAUACAAUUUGGUCCUCUUUUGCGCGAACGGUUGAUGCUGAGGCAGAGAGGAAUCUGCGCGCGGUCAACUCCAGCUCUGAUUUCCACUGCAACUAAAGGUGUGUAAAACCGUCGAGGUUGGAAGUGCAAUGGCGUCCUCUGGAGACAUUCAGGUUAAGGAACUGGACAAGCGUGCCUCAGGACAGGCUUUUGAGGUCAUCCUGAGUCCUUCGGCUCCAGAUGCCAAGGGAGAAUUCCCACUUUCCACCCCCAAGAAGAAGGAGGUAUCUCUGGACGAGAUCCAGAAAAAACUGGAUGCGGCAGAGGAGCGACGCAAGAACCAUGAGGCAGAGGUCCUGAAGCACUUAGCUGAGAAACGAGAGCAUGAGAAGGAAGUCCUUCAGAAAGCAAUGGAGGAGAACAACAACUUCAGCAAGAUGGCAGAGGAGAAACUUAACCAGAAAAUGGAAGCCAACAAAGAAAACCGCACAGCACGCAUGGCAGCUAUGAAUGAGAAAUUCAAAGAGAAGGACAAGAAACUUGAAGAGGUACGAAAGAACAAAGAAACAAAAGAUGGGGCAGAGGGUGAAAACUAAGUUUCCUCUCUCAUUUUGCUUUUCAUUUAGGGUAUAGUAUUGGGUUUUUUAAUGUAUCCAAAGAUUUAUUUUUUGUUCCAUUAAAUGGCCAGUUUUCCGUGUUUGGAUCCAUGUACUUGCCACUUUUUUAUUAAGGGGUUUUUGGGAAAAGCUGGUGCACAACAUUUCAUCAGUUUAUGUGUAUUCAGUUCUGUCUUUCACCAUCCCCUCUAACCUGUAGAUUUGUCCAGUUGCAGCUCUAUAGCGUUUAAAAUGAGCAGUGUUUUACUGAUAGGGAAGCAUGACUGUGUUAUGCAUAGGUCUAAUAUAUACUUGGUAUACUGCAUUGUGCAAGUCCACCUGUUCCCUUGUAUGUCAGUACUGCCAUCCUAUGAGCUUAAUAAAGUUGCACAGUUGUUUGUUAUUGUACCAGUUUUGCCACUGCCUCUUUGUUGAUCUGUCAGUCAGCCAGAGUGUAAUGUGGAGUAAAAUACCUUCUUAAAAUUUAUAAAUAAAUGGCAGUUUCUGUAAUUGUAUAUGGAAAAUACAUUUUGCCAGAAUAAUAAUUAGAUCUUUUUGGACACUUUUUUGAUGUACUCUUUAUAAUCUGCAUGAGAUUCCUAGUGUGAAAAAUUAACAUUCCAUUAUCCACACACAUUUCCUUUACUAGAUCAUACUUUUAUAGUAAUUCAUACUCAGUAUGCACUAAUAAAAAAAAUCAAUGCAUUUCAAUAAGUACUUGCAAAGGUUUGAGAACUAAAAAAAACGGGAAAUAAAUAAAUAAAAUCUGUUGCUUGAGACUGUACUUGAACUAUACUGGCAUCUAGUGGUUUUGAGUUUGUCUAACAGGUAUUAGAAAAGGCUUUUUUGAACAUUUGUCUUAAAAUGAUUUCAGAAAAAAAAAAAAAAAUCCUAAUGUUGACAUAAAGACAACUAUUACUGAUUUAUCCUUUGUUGCCAAAACAGAGGUAGUGCAUGAAAAUUUAUGGCAAUUGUAAACAGCUCUGCAGUGAUGAAUGGCUUGUUGUCCACAUGCUGUCACAUUAUUAUGUGUUCAGAAAUAGUGCAUCAAUCUUUUCUAAAAUGAAUUAUACCUUAUUUCCAAAUUCUGAAUUCCCUUAGUAGAAGCAAUUACAUGCAUCCAAAAAAUUGAUCAUGACCAGUAAUAUGUUGUGUGAAUAAAUGUUUUUUUAACUGAAUAAAAUAAAAAUGAAAUCA